ACUCUUUCUCUCUCUUACCACCUCUCUUUUAUUGUAUUUUUUGUUUUUAGUUUUUCUUUGUAUCCACUGCAUAUAAAAUCAUUAUCAUAAUGAAGUCUAUGCCAAACCAUUCUUCUUGUAGUACUUGUAUUACUUCUCGUUGGUUGCACUGUCUUGCCAUUUGUAUCUUGUGUACCUUCUUAAGCUUUGAGGUCCCUUUUACUUUUAUUCCACUCAAGCACACAUCAAAUAAACAAACUCCUUCAAGUUCCUUCUCUAGAUAUCUAAAUCUCUUCCUUGGAAAUGGAAUUCAACAAGUUCAGAAUCCGAAGCUAUGAGGGGCAAUCUGAUAGGGCUCAAGUGGAAGAUCUUGAGAGAAGAUGUGAGGUAGGCCCAUCAGAAAGCGUGUUUCUCUUCACAGACACUAUGGGUGACCCCAUUUGUAGGAUCCGAAACAGUCCCAUGUACAUGAUGCUUGUGGCAGAAUUGGACAAUGAAUUGGUUGGUGUCAUUCAAGGCUCUAUAAAAGUGGUCACGGUUCAUGGUCAUCCUCCAAAGGAUUUGGCAAAGGUGGGUUAUGUUCUUGGCUUAAGGGUUGCUCCUCAUCAUAGGAGAAAAGGGAUUGGUUCUAGCCUAGUGAGAAGGUUAGAAGAAUGGUUCACUUCCAAAGAUGUGGACUAUGCAUACAUGGCAACAGAGAAAGACAACCAAGCCUCGGUUAGUCUCUUCAUGGGAAAGUUUGGCUACACCAAGUUUAGGACUCCAUCUAUUCUUGUUAACCCGGUUAACAAUCAUUGUUUUCAAAUCUCAUCCAACAUUGAGAUAGCAAGGUUGAAGAUUGAACAAGCUGAAUCCCUCUAUAGAAGAUUCAUGGGCUCCACAGAGUUUUUCCCUAAUGACAUAGGCAACAUACUUAGGAAUAAGCUAAGCUUGGGAACAUGGGUGGCCUAUUUCAAAGGGGAUAUUGCUUGGGGUGAUUUUGGGUUAGAUGGACAAGUCCCACACAGUUGGGCUAUGCUGAGUGUAUGGAACAGUGGGGAAAUAUUUAAGUUAAGGCUAGGGAAAGCACCUUUUUCUUGCUUGUUGUGCACAAAGAGUUGGUGGUUGAUUGAUAAAAUUUUCCCAUGUUUGAAAUUGCCUACCAUACCUGAUUUCUUCAACCCAUUUGGGUUCUACUUUAUGUAUGGGGUGUAUCAUGAAGGGCCAUUCUCAGGGAAGCUGGUAAGGGCCUUGUGCCAGUUUGUGCACAACAUGGCUGCUGAGUCCAAGGAUGAGAAUUGCAAGAUCAUUGUGACUGAAGUUGGAGGAAGAGAUGAGCUCAAUCAUCAUAUACCACAUUGGAAAUUGCUCUCAUGCCCGGAGGACUUGUGGUGCAUAAAGGCUUUGAAAAAUGAAGGGACAAACACGUUCCAUGAAUUAACCAAAACCCCACCAAAAAGGGCUCUUUUUGUAGACCCAAGAGAGGUUUAAAGCAUGAUCUCAAAAAGAAAAAAAAAAGAAGAAAAAAGUAAUAAAAGGGGGACAAAAAAAAGCUUAGAAAAUAUCUUGACCUUAAUUUUUUUCCCUUUUCUUUUCUUUCCUUAGCUUUGUCUAAGAACCAAAACCCACCUCAUGUAUUGUAUGAUAAGUCCAUCCAUCUCUCUCUCUCCUGGUGGGGGUUUUUCUCUAGUUCCUUUCACAUCGGUGACACAAAAUCUCAAAAGAUAUCCAUAAUUUAGGUGCCACACUUUGGUGUCCUUCUUAGCAAUUCCAUCUUGUGCCUCAUGACUCUGACUACUCAAUUCCCUUGUGGUCCAAACUUUGUCCCUUCCCCUCAGGUAAAAUUUUGAGCUGGACCCUCUUCCCUCACUUUGUCGCAUCGCAUCGAGAUAUGGUCUCCAAAACAUGUCAUCACUGAAAAAAAAAAUAUAAAUAAAGAGAUUUUGAGCCAUUUUAUAUGAGAUCAUGAAAGUAACCAUUAUUCUAUUCAAGUCAGAGUUAGACAACAACUGGUCCAUGAUAAAGGAAAACAAAAAUCAAGUGUUUCAAGUCUCAAGUGGUUGGUUUCUCCUUCAUUUGUUUUGGAGCAUUAUUGUCCCUAACCACAUGAGGAAUGUUGAUGGUGUAAAGUUGCAUG